AUGGAGGCGAAGCCGGCGGACCUCCUGCUCUGUGACAGCCUCAUCCUCUGGUUGCAGACGUUCCAUACUGCUGCACCUUGCAGAGAUGUUCAGGACUUGACUAAUGGGGUUGCCAUGGCGCAGGUACUUCACCAAAUAGAUGUUGCUUGGUUUGAUGCAUCUUGGCUAAAUCGCAUUAAAGAUGAUGUUGGUGACAACUGGAGAAUAAAGUCCAGUAAUCUGAAGAAGAUACUGCAAGGAAUUAUGGACUACUAUCAUGAGUUCUUGGGUCAGCAGAUUUCAGAAGAGCUUAUUCCAGACUUAAACCAGAUAUCUGAGAACUCGGAUCCCACUGAACUGGGCAGGCUUCUGCAGCUUAUUUUAGGUUGUGCAGUCAACUGUGAAAGGAAACAAGAACACAUACAGAAUAUCAUGACCCUUGAAGAGUCUGUUCAACAUGUUGUAAUGACUGCCAUUCAAGAGCUCAUGAGCAAGGAAGUAACAGGUCCUUCCACAAGUGAUGCAUCAAGUGAAAUGGAACUGCAGCUUAAAAAAGCUUUGGAAGAUCUUCAGGAAGCACUAGCAGAAAAAGAAGAGUUGGCACAAAGAUGUCAAGAGCUAGAUUUACAGGUGGCUGCCCUCCAGGAUGAAAAAAACAGCUUGAUGUCAGAAAAUGAGAUUAUGAAUGACAGGCUAGAGCAAUUAGACGACUCUCUUGAUGAUCCAAGUACUGUGGUUGCAAAAAAGUAUUUUCAUGCACAGUUGCAGCUGGAACAACUGCAAGAAGAAAACUUCAGGCUUGAAGCUGCGAAAGAUGAUUAUCGUGUCCAUUGUGAAGACCUAGAAAAACAAUUGAUUGAACUGCAACAUAGAAACAAUGAACUAACCUCUUUGGCAGAAGAAUCCAGAGCCUUAAAAGAUGAAAAUGAUGUUCUUAGGGCUACUGCAGACAAGGCAAGUAAGCUGGAAUCGACUGUUGAAGUAUAUCGUAAAAAGCUACAGGAUCUGAAUGACUUCCGCAGACAAGUCAAAUCUCUGCAAGAAACCAACAUGAUGUAUAUGCACAAUACAGUCAGUCUGGAGGAUGAACUGAAGAAAGCCAAUGCAGCACGUGCCCAACUAGAAACCUACAAAAGACAGGUCCAGGAGCUUCAUAACAAGCUGUCUGAAGAAUCCAAAAGAGCUGAUAAGCUAACAUUUGAAAUGAAGCGACUUGAAGAAAAACAUGAAGCUUUAAUCAAAGAAAAAGAGAGACUGAUAGUACAGUGUGAUGCAUUAAAAGAGACAAAUGAAGAGCUCCGGUAUUCACAGAUGCAGCAGGAUCAUCUGAGUCAGACAGGUGCAUCUCGCCUUAAAAGCAAUGAGAAUCUUGCUGCUGAAAUUCUGCCUGUGGAAUACAGAGAAAUGUUUAUUCGGCUGCAGCAUGAAAACAAGAUGCUUCUAUUACAACAGGAAGGAUCAGAAAAUGAACGUAUUACAGAGCUCCAGGAACAGCUGGAGCAAAAGCGUCGGACAGUGAACGAACUAGAAACUGAGAAAAGACUAAAUGAAGAACGUAUUGGGGAGUUACAGCAGCAGAUUGAAGAUCUGCAAAAGACUUUACAGGAGCAGGGAUCCAAGACUGAAGGAUCUAGCAACUUGAAGCAGAAAUUGGCAGCACACAUGGAAAAGCUGAAUGAAGUUCAUGAUGAGUUACAGAAGAAAGAGGCUGAUCUUGCAGAACUCCAGCCUGAUGUUAGUCAGAACCCCCAGAAGAUUGGAGAGCUGGAAGCAGCUUUGCGAAAAAAAGAUGAAGAUAUGAAAGCAAUGGAAGAAAGAUAUAAAAUGUACCUUGAGAAAGCAAGAAAUGUGAUAAAAACCUUAGACCCCAAGCUAAAUCCAGCAUCAGCAGAAAUUAUGUUGCUCAGAAAACAGAUAAUGGAGAAAGACAAAAAAAUUGAAGCACUAGAGGCUGAAUACAAACUUGCUAAGUUACGUGAUUACGAGGAAAAGCUAAUUGUAACUGCAUGGUAUAACAAGAGCCUAACUCUUCAGAAGCUAGGUAUGGAAGCAAGACUGGUUGGCAGUGGUGGUGCCUGCAGAGACGGUCCCGGACGCUCCUUCCUAGCUCAGCAACGUCAUGUCACCAAUACCAGAAGGAAUCUCACUGUUAAAGUACCGGGUGCAACAUCUGAUUAAACCACAAGGACCACGAGGAGAACUUAUAUGCUCAAGUGUCCUUAAAUGUUUUAUAGCUUCCACUUUAACUGCUUGAUGAAAGAGGAGGUUAUAAUGGUGGGCAACUGCGAAUUCAACAUCAGAACCUAUCAAGAAUGGAUUAAGCUGAUCAGUGGUGUGUCUAGAAGGUAGCACAUAGUAUUCCAAGUAGAAGUAGAUUUAAUAACUGCAGUAUGUAUUUACAAGCACAACUUAAAAGAUUUAUAUUUGCCUUCAGAAUAUAUUGUAAAUAUAAAAAUUGGCACUAUAUAUUUAAAACUUUAUUUAAUGGGUUUGGG